UUUUGUUUUUAAAACUACUGUUGAUUUGUAGUAUUUAUUUCCUGUCAGUAAUUGUUAAGACGUCGUUGAUAAACGAUCAUCACAACAUAAGAAGACAUACUCAAUUAAUGUUCAGUUUCAUUGAUAAUCGAACUGUGUAAAACUCUGUUUCAUCCGUACGAUCUGUUGGUGGAUAGGUAAAAAAUGGGAAAAGGGAAAUCAAACGAAGGCGAGAUGUGUGUGAUGUGCGGAGCAAUGACUUUCUGUUGCUUCCUUGUUGUACUGGUUAUUGCAUUGCUCGGCUAUGGUAUUGCAAAGAUUGUGAUGGGAUCGGUAUAUCUACAUGACUGUAGUAUUGAAAAGUUGAUCCCGAUCUACCUUAUAGUAAGCGGUUUGGCACCGAUAUUUUUCGGCGGUUUUGGCCGAAAGAAUGAGGACGAGUCAAGUUCACUCAGUGGUUUAGUGUGUGGAAUUCUUGGAGGCUUGUUUAAUUUAGCUUGGCUGAUUUGCGGAAGUGUUUGGACGUACCCACAUUUUGGCAAGUUAAUUGAUUUUACGAAAUGUGAAGGCAACGUGACAACUGGCUGUUUGGACAAAAUCUGCAAUAAGAAUUUGAUUACGUUCGCGUUUGCUUCGGUGACCAUUGAUUGGAUGUUUAUGGGUUUGUGGAUCGGUGUCUUUGCUUGUCAACUUCGGCCUCUUUGCAGCAGGGGUUAAAGAAAUGUCGAUGUCGGUGAAAAUGGCGAGAUGUUUUGGAUACUGAUAAAGACAGAAUGAAAUAGUGACAUGCGUGAUGUGUUUUUGUGUAAGAUAAUGUACUAUAGCGCAGAAAUAAACGCGCAUAUGUUUUUUAUGAACUUGCUUCUGUGUACAUGCUUUUGAAAAAGUUGCUUUUAUUUAAUAAAUAUAAAUAUAUAAAGUUUCUGUACUUGUGUAACUAUAUACUGUACAUAAACGCAUGAACUUGUUAAUAUAGCUGAACAUGUAUUUGAAUGAUUUAUUUGACUAUGUGAAACGCAUUUCCAGUUGCUUCUUCUUUGACAAUAAAAAUAUUAAACCUUU